AUGACGGUAACACAAACCACAUCAACAUCAGCUUGCAACGAUUCAAGUCUAGAUACUGUACCGGGAAGUGUACCGUUGACGGAGAAAAUCAUAGAAAGUGUCAUAUUAACUGCAAUUUGUCUCGUAUCCAUCACAGGAAACGUCUUUCUUUGGGUGGUUGUUGUUUGCAGUCGCAAACUACGAACCACGUCGAAUGCGCUGGUGCUAUGCCUGAGUGGUGCUGAUUUGAUGGUGUCGAUUGCAAACAUGCCGAUUACCGUCGUUACCAUCGUUUACGGAGAGUGGGUAUUAGGUAGUGCUUGGUGCUCUGUCUUUGGGUUCACUAGCAUGGUCAAUUUCAUUGCGUCUGUUAUGUCACUGGGUGCUAUCAGCGUCAAUCGAUUUAUUCUCAUCUCCUAUCCCCAUCAUUUUAGAAGCGUUUACAACAAAAAGGGUACAGCGGCGAUGAUACUAGGGGUAUGGUUAUUAGCAUGCUGCCUCGCAUCACCACCACUGUUUGGAUGGGCUGAAUACGAUUAUCUGCCGAACCAAUCGUUCUGUUUCUGCAAGUGGAGAAGCAGUAUAUCUUACACAGUCUUUAUGAUAGUUCUGUGUUUCGGGGGACCCUGCUGCAUAAUGUUGUUUUCAUACGCAAGUAUUUGGAACACCGUCCGACGCAGCAGGCAACGGGUAGAAGCAAAUAACGCAAAAGAGGCCGCUGCUAUCGACCGAGAGAGAGUGAGAAGAAAGCGCGAAGAGGAUAUGAAGUUGACAAAGUUAUUUCUGGUUGUUAUCGCCGCUUUCGUCCUUGCCUGGCUGCCCUUUUGUAUAACGAUGGUUUUGGGAGUGGUGUCACCGAAUUUGCUGUCGCCUGUCGUUGAAAUGACGACGUUGUUGCUAGGAUACUGCAACAGUUGUUGUAACCCAAUUAUAUAUGGUGUAAUGAACAGAAGAUUCACAGAAGAGUUUAUGGCUACAUUGUGUAUACGGGGACGUCCCGGAGAUAAUGAUACGGUGCACGCGAUAACAAAUGCACAGCCGUGA